AUGGAUGACAGUCUUGUUCAACGUAGACUCUGUGCCAUCGUCAAAUACGACAUAUUGCAAGAAAUACUACUGAAUCUUGAAUACGAAAAUGCUUAUGGAGGGUUGAGUCCCAACGAAGAGGAGUUGUUGAAUAUAUAUCGUGAGGCGUGGACUGCCUGCCACAUGGGAAGAUCCUCUUUCCAAGCUAAAAGACUGUGCAAUCCUGAAAUACGGGAUCUAUUUUGGAGUAGGUUCGAGGAGAAGCUCGAUGAGAAACUGGAUGCUAUUGAUGAAGAUAUACUUCAUUUUGAAGAUCCCGAGUCCACUCGUCGAAAUAACAAAUAUCAGUGGAGCAAGCUUUGUCGGCAGGUCACACAGCUAACAGAGCUUGCUUCUGAGGCGGUAUCCGCACAGCAGGAUUUAUUUACUCGGAGGGCUACCAUUCAGAAGGACCUAACGCUUGCCCUUGGGAGGGUUUUGGGAUGUGAGGUAAAGGCUCUGGUAACUCGAGUGGCCAAUUUGGAGGACAAAAUAAACGCUCGUCUUUUGCAACCUUCACAAAGAUCCACCGACCUUCAACGUGCGUAUGAGCGCUUGACACGAGAGAAGGUUGAAUUGGAGGAGCGGGUUUCCAAACUUACUGAUCUCUUGAAUACCUACAAUGCGCACAAGGAGCGUUUCCUCGAGCUGGCUUGUCGUCAAGUUGACGCUCAGUGCCAAAUGGACUUUAUUAAGCAACUUAAGGAAGCUGUUUCAUCUGCUAGUGGGCAACAAUCAUCUAUUGAAGGACACUCGGUUGAUGGGAACGUUGAAAAACCGGAGCAGAGAUUUUUUUACACAAACCUUUGA